AUGAAUGUUGAAAAUGUGAAAUCCACUUUAAGUAAUGUACAGCACUUCUGCCAGGCCGUGACUACAUUUCUAAUAGACAUGAGUGCAGUUAUAUUAUUUGGCUGUGACAGAGAUGUGGGAAACAAUUUAUGGAUAUAUGUUUUAUUGGGGAAUCUCUUACGUGGAAUUGGAGAAGCACCAAUUCAGCCUUUAGGAAUUUCCUAUAUCGAUGACUUUGCCAGUGAAGACAAUGCUGCACUAUAUAUAGGUUGUGUACAAACCGCCGCAGUUAUAGGUCCCGUGUUUGGCUUCCUAUUGGGAUCCCUAUGCGCAAAGCUAUUUGUGGACAUCGGUACAGUGGACUUAGGGAACGUAAUGAUAUCUUCAAGUGAUGCCCAGUGGGUAGGGGCUUGGUGGCUCGGUUAUUUGGUAGCCGGCGUUAUAAGUCUUCUUGCCACUCUACCGUUCUGGUUCUUACCAAAAGAACAAACCAGCCUGGGAAUUAGCAAAAACUCAAUUACACCUUCAGAGCAGUCACGGUUUAUUUUAGAGGACAAUAAGGAGAGUCCAGUUUAUGAAGAACAAAUACAAAUAUGGAAACUGGCAAAAGAUUUUUUGCCUUCAUUGAAAGACCUGUUGGGGAAUCCAGUUUACUUUUUAUUAUUGUGUGGAAGCAUUUUCCAGUAUAACUCUGUGAUUGGAAUGGUAACGUACAAACCCAAAUACAUUGAGCAGCAGUACGGGCAGACUUCAGCCAAGACAAACGUUAUUAUAGGUCUUAUAAACGUCCCAGCUGUGGCCUUAGGCAUUUUCUCAGGUGGAAUCAUUAUGAAAAAAUUCAGGAUUAAUAUUUUUGGAGCAGCAAAGUUGUUACUGGGUUCUUCCCUCUUAGGCUAUCUGAUGUUCCUCACUUUAUUUGGUUUGGGAUGUGAGAACUCCUCAGUGGCAGGACUGACCGUACCGUACCAUGGGUAA